UUGACUUCGACUUCACAGAGCGGCGACGCCACCUACUCUCUCUCUCUCUCUCUCCACUCUCUCGCCGUCCCCGAGCUAGUUGAGCCGCGGAUGGAUAGUCCCCCCACGGCGGCGGCGGAGUCCGGCAACCGCGCGGGAGAAGAUGCUAAAAAGGAUGGCAUAUCUUGUCAGAAUUUGCGACGGCCAAACCUUUCAUUGCAAAUACCAUCUAGGGCUUUUGAUGACCCUGUGCCAACGUCAACUAGAAUCAACAUAUCUCCUAGCCCAAGUUCAGCAAGGAGCGGUUUGCCUCCAAGGCCAAAUUCGACUAGAGCAAAAUCAUCCAUCAGGAACAUGAUUCCACAGAGGAGCUUCAAGGCAAAGAGUUCAUUCCAGGAUGGUGAUCAGACAAUUCUUCUAAUUCCUGGCACACCAUCAUCAUCAUCAGGGCAGCAGGUGAAGCCAAAUACAGCGAGAUCAUUUUCUUUCAGAAAGGUCAUCAGCUCCUUGUCAGCGAAGCGAACCCAUUCUCUUCCAGUUACUCCUGUAGCAACCUCAGAACCAUCUUCUCAUGGUCAUGCAGACAACCUGCCAAGUACAGUUAAAAAUGAGGCUGAGACACAAAUUAGGCGCUCACUCUCUGCGCCAGGAAAUCAUAAAAGUAAGGAUCUGAGAAGGACGGCUUCAUCAGGCCUUAUCCGUGUGAUUCCCACAACCCCACGACCUGUUCCUGUUGAAACUGUUGCACCAAAUGAUGGAAUUGAAGAAGCAGUAGAUGUUCCUGAAGAUGGAGGUGAAGACAUUCCCGAAGAAGAUGCUGUCUGCAGGAUUUGUCUGGUUGAACUCAAUGAAGGAGGGGAAACACUUAAAUUGGAGUGCAGCUGCAAGGGAGAACUUGCUCUUGCACACCAGGAGUGUGCAAUAAAAUGGUUUAGCAUCAAGGGAAACAAGACAUGUGAUGUUUGCAAGCAGGAGGUUCAGAAUCUACCUGUGACUUUAUUGAGAAUACAGAUUCGAACUGUUAACAGACGACCACCAAAUGGUGUUCCGCAAAGAGUGCAACCACAUAGAUUUUGGAAGGAGACUCCAGUUCUAGUCAUGGUCAGCACACUUGCGUACUUCUGUUUCUUGGAGCAACUUUUGGUUACUGAUAUGCAGACACGUGCACUAGCUAUUUCUUUACCUUUCUCCUGUCUCCUGGGCAUAUUUUCUUCCAUCGUGGCAUCCACAAUGGCAACCGAUAAUUACCUAUGGGCUUUCGCUACGCUCCAGUUUGCUUUCGUGAUCCUAUUUGCACAUAUCUUCUACAAUUUGUUAAAAAUGGGGGCAGUCCUUGCAAUCCUACUCGCAUCCUUCACUGGUUUUGGGAUCGCUAUUAGUCUAAAUGCAAUGCUAAUAGAAUUCCAGAGGUGGAGAUCCCUGCGGAAUCAACAGUCAACUCAGCAUAGAAAUAACAGGCAUGGUCAAUCUGGGAACAAUGCUUCAAAUGAGAACACUGCAAGUAGUGCUAGGCAGCAAGGCAGUGGAAGCGACCAACAGCCUCAAGAACAUGGCUGAAGGACCCAUAUAUGAUUCUGAAGGUUUCAUGAUGAUAAAGUCAGUCUAGGGUGGAAGAUCUCAGUUCAUAUUUUCAUCAUGAAUACUCACCUUCAGUUUACAUUGGUGCUGAAUUCUGCAGUUUCAAAAGCGCCGACGACCGAGUUGAAUGAAACAAGAGUGCUAGGUAAUCUGCAAAUCUGCCAUUCGAAGAAUGCCAUAUUCCAUCACUACAGAAGUUUGUCUUGACUCUUGAAACAAAGUGUUGUUAUUCAGAAAAAAGGGGCUCUCCAUCCUCAACCAAAAAGGUUCAUCAGUCUGAUGAUUGCAGCUACUCCAAGUGAUAGUUUAGUACAUGUUUUUCAUGCAUAUAUAUAAAUUGUGAGGCAAACAGCCAAAAUACUGUCAACCAGCCUUGUAUCACUACCACGAACGAACUGUAUAGAGCUCAAUCGUUUGUAAAUUUUGCUUUGCUGCUAAUUUUGAGAGAGAUACUACAGUUCCCUGAA